AGUAUCUCGUCAGUGAUUGGCUCCUCGGCAUGGUCAGAGCGUUUUGAUUGGUUGCUUUGAGCGCCGUGUUCGCGAUUUACUUCCGGGUAGUACUCACGAGCUGCUGAACGCGUGAGAGGUGCUGUCAACAAAGUAACGAUGGCUGACGGUGCCGAGGUUAACGGUGGACCUGUCGGGAACAAACCGCUUUCUGAUGAAGAGGAGCAAGGAGGAGGAGAAGGUGGAGGAGGCUCAGAGAAGGAUGAAGGAGGUGGUCUAUCUGACUCCCAGACAGAGGUGUUAGAGAGAUGUCUUCAUACACUCAAGCAUGCUAAAAAUGACAGUCACACAUUGGCUGCUCUACUACUGAUCACUCGCCUGUGCCCUGCAAACCAGCUCGGCCAACCCACCUUGAGGCGCAUCUUUGAGGCAGUGGGUCUGAACCUUCCGGCUCGUCUUUUGGUGACAGCAGUAAGAGGAAGUGAAACCUCUGGGUUACCCCCACAUGAACUCCUCUCCCUGGGCACCGCUCUGUUGGCUGCGCUGAGUACAGACCCUGAAAUGGCCUCCCAUCCCCAGCUCCUCACCACCAUCCCUCUUCUGCUGGGCAUCUUAGCUAAUGGGCCUGUGGAUCAGCAGAAACAGGAAGCCCAGGAUCAGACGGGGGCACAGGAUUCUGUCAAUGUGGAUAAAUCAGCAGAGGAGACCAGUAAGAAGAAUCAUGAUGGAGGCAGUGAAGCCAAAGAAGAAGCGUCAUCAAAAGUAAGCUCCUCCUCCAAGCUUGAUGGGGCCAUGGCUGCUGACUGCUACCAGGUCCUCACAGCCGUGUGUGCCUUACCCAGAGGUCCAGACCAGCUCCUGGGCAGGGGGGGCGUUCCUGCUCUUUGCCAAGCAGUGCAACAAAACCAGACUUUAAGCCAUGACAAAGGACUCGCCCUGUUAGGCUGCCUCCUCUCUGGUAAAACCAAAGACAAAGCGUGGAGUAAACACCCUACAGAACUCCUCUCUCUGCUGGUCCUGCUCUCCAAAGACUUCUGCCAAACCAAAGACCAGUCCAGGCUGGACAUGUGUGCCAAGUUGGUGCAGUUUUUGCCGCCAGUUGGGGUGGCAGUAGAUAACGAGGAGCUGAAGGGAGUCGUGGCCCGGGUAUGGGAGGUACUAAGACCCAUGAUGCAGGCUAAGUUGACACCUAGACAGAUUGGGCCGAUACUUGUCCUCAGUGCUUGUCUGCUGGACUUUUACGGGUGGGAACUGGUGGGACCUCCUAAGUUCUGCUGCUUACUGGUGAACCGGGCCUGUGUGGAGGUCAGGAUGGGUUUGGAGGAGCCGCCUGGUAAUGACCUGAGCCCAGAGCUGCAGCACACACUCACAGGCUGUUACCGGAUCAUGGAGGCCGCCAUUGAGCAGGCCUGCUGUCAGGGAGUGACACAGACCCCUGCAGCUCCUCCUCCGACCUCCUCCACCUCUCUUUCUCUGCAACAGAGCAGGCAGGUCCUCAGGGUGCUGGAGGAGGCCUUCUCUGCGUUAAUGUACCACCUGCAGCAGGUUGAUCCGAGCCGCUACGGUGACCCUUUUAUUUUUGCCACAUUCCGCUCUCUUUGCUCGUGGCUGGCCGAGGAGACGUCCUGUCUGAAGGAGGAAGUGACCGGUCUCCUGCCAUUCCUGAUCAGCUACUCCCGGAGCCACCUGCAGGGUGAGAGUGCAGAGCAUGGCCUCUCUGAUUGGAUGGCAGAGGUGUCCGUUAGAGAGGAGAGAGAGGCGUGGACGGGCAAAGAGGCUCUGAGGUAUCUCCUCCCUGCUCUGUGCCACCUGUCAGCAGAGGAAGGUCCCAGGAAGGUGCUGCUCACGCUGGACACCCCAGCCCUACUGGUGGACUUCCUGACCCGGUGCUGGACGUCCCUCAAGGGGAAAAGUGGGGCGAUGACGACCAGGGUUCCCAGCAUGGAGACCGCCUGCUCAGCUCUGCUUAACUUCAGCGUUACAGAGCCAGAGAGAGUCAGGAAGGACCCGUGUUUCAGAACCCUGGAGGCCCAUCUGAGUGAAGCACUGCCUGUGUUGGUGCAUAAACCCUGCCUGCUUGUCCUCGCAGCAAAUUACUGCACACUGGGUCUUAUGAUUGGCCGACUCAAGCCAACCUCCUCGGGCUCAGUUGAAGCUAGCCACAGGCGCUUCUUCUCCUCAGCUCUCCGGUUCCUCCGCGGCGCUCUGGAUUCCAGCUCCAGCCCCGGCCCGGUGAAAGUGAGCCAGAGCUGGGAGGAGAGCUGGGACGAGGUGGAGGAGCUCUGGAGGCUGAGUCUGCAGGCUCUCGGAGGCUGUGUCCGCGCUCAGCCCUGGAUCGCCACGCUGGUUAGAGAGGAAGGUUGGCUCAAACACACACUCACCAUGCUGGGUCAGUGUAGCGCUCUACCUGACCAGCACACACAGGGAGCGCUAGAGGAGGCUCUGUGUGCGAUGGUGGACAUGUGCCCUAUCUGUAAACGAGAGAUGUCAGAUAUGAUGAGGAGGAAUGAUAAAGGAGCUUUGAGCUCUAUGAGGAACCUGAAGAAGUCUGUAGGAGCAAAGUGAAACCAAGAAUCUAUCUCGUUCACUUUGAGCCAAUAAAGGAGGGCUGUUACUGAAGCCAGGCCUGUGUGUAUUACUUAAAGCAAUCAGUCAUGAAUGAUAUGUAACCAGAGUAUGGAUUUCUUUGCAGAAAAGAAAAUUGUGAAUUUAUUUUUCCUGUGUAGUUUGAUGUAAAGGUUCCUCAGCUGAGCUCUGAAGUAUGAUGGAGUAUUGAGGCCAAUCCAAUCUGACACUGAAGAAAGAUAAUCUAAGAUUUCAAGAAUAAUGUUGUAAUUUUACAAGAACAAACUUAUUUUUAUGAGUUUAAAGUCACUAGAGAAUAAAGCCGUAACUUUCAAAUCUACAAUCGUCAUUUUUUAAGAAAAUUGUCAUAACAUUACGCUGCAGCUUGUUAGGAUUUCCAUUCUUCAGAAUAGACUUUCAAGAUUCAGGUUUUAUUAAAAUCUUCUCUGAAAUGUCCCUUCAAAUGACUUUUAUUCUCCAAUAAUUACAAGUUUAUUUUUCUAAAUCUCAGGUUUUUUCUUCAGUGUAGCCCUGAUACUCCUUUCCUCUAAAGAGAUGCUCUCUACGUGUUAUUGUGAAUUCCUAAUGCCUUUAAUAAAGAGCUAUUUUGUUAGAAAAGCAA